AUGGUUGUGAAAUUUGGAUGUAUCAUUUCGAUAUCGUCUUUCCAUAUUGUCGAUUUCGAUGAACAAGACAUUUCAUAUAAUGCCGUAAUUGGUAAUGAUACUGAUUUGGUACAAGGGAAGGAGUCAGUUGCUCUUCUUAUUGCGCAAAGAAAAGGUCGAAGAGACGAAAUCGAUUUGCAUCAUUUAUCAGAAUGUUUCUCUCGCCUCGCGGAAUAUGCAGUCAAAAAUGCUUCAGUUAGCAUACAUAUGCCACGUUAUAGCUAUGGUAUGUGCAAUGUUAAAUGGUAUUCAGUUGAACGAUUAAUUCGAAAAUAUUUCACUGCUAAAUCCAUUCCUGUCUAUAUUUAUUAUUUUCAAAGAAAAUAA